AAGAAACCUCCACUAAAAUUAGAAAAAAAAAAAAUCUGUUGACAGAAAAAUAGAUUAAAAAGCCUUCUCACAGGCACACUAUUUACAGUUACAAAAAAAAACAAGACGAAAUCAAAUCAAAAGAGAGGUUAUGGAGCGAUCAAGCGAUCCCCAUCAUUCCACCGCCGAUCUUCUCUCUUGGCCCCAGAUCCACCACUCCUCCGCCGCUAAUCCCUCCAACCAGCCGUCUGAUGACAUCGGCGAUGUCCUUGGCGGUGGUGGUAGAACCACCAACAAGGAAGCCAAAUCUCUUAACAAGAAUGUAUCAUACAGGAAGAACUGUUGUGGCCACAAGCUAAAGGAAAUGACUGGUAGUGAUAUCUUCUCUGAUAAUGGUAACGUUACCAACGGUGAUCCAACUCACACUUCAAGGAUCCAUUACCAUCAUGAUCAGGUAACUUCUUCUUUUCUUCUGGUCUCUUCUCCCAUUCUUUGUAAGGAUUAUUCAUUCAUAAUGGUUUGGUUACUCUCGUUUUUGCAGGAUAGUCAGAUAUCCUUCAGCGGCGAAGAGAACAACAACGCUGCUGCGACUCCUAAGAAACCAACAACAACCUCUUCACCCGAGGCUGCAAAGCUUAAGGAGUUGGGCAGGUCUGUCCAAACACAGGCUGACUCCAAGAGCAAAAAGAAGCAGUUAUCCAACUCCAAGACCAAAGCAAUCACUGGUCGCGACAUCUUUGCAUCUCCUCCUCCUCCUCCUGCAACGAAACAGCAAGUUAAAGGAAACAACAACAUGGAGGAAUCUGCUAAAGCCUCCAAUGGGCAAAGCUGUAACAGUGAAGAACAUGUCGUGAAGUCGUCAAGGAAGAUACACAACAACCCCAGGUUUCAGCAACUCACGAGCAACGGUAUCUUCAAAUCUGAUAAGAUCCCUCCUGGUUAUUCAGAGAAGAUGCAUAGCUCAGCUAAAUCGCGGGAGAUGAGGGGAAACAAUAUAUUUGCAGACGGCAAGUCCGAGUAUCGAGAUUACUAUGGUGGCGCGAGGAGGCCUCCGGGUGGUGAGAGCAGCCUUUCCUUGGUCUAAAAUGAGUUCAAGUUUUAGGUUUCGUACGUAGGGUCUGGUUUUCCUAAAGAUGCUUUGACCAAAGUGGUUUGUUGUUCGUGUGGUCUCUUGGCGAUGGUCUCAUUUUAUAAUAUAAAACGUACGUCUUUUGUAGUUCA